ACCAGUGAAAGGAGUCCUCUUCAGUGCGCACGCACGCAGGCAACCCAAACCCCUGACCCCGAGGAUAGGAUUUUGCUCGUCCCCCAAAUCUCUCCGGCCAUGGCCUCCUUCCCGCUGGCAUCCGCCGCCCGUUCCCUCCCCACCCUAGGGUCUCACCUCCCGGCAGCCGCGACCACCCGCAGCGUCUCCAUCCCGGCCUCCCCUGUCCCUGCGGCGAAGAACGCCACCUCCUGCAGCUUCAGCACCAGGAGCUGCAGGCCAACCGUUCGACGGAACGCCGCAGAGACCUACGUCCCAGGCUCCGGCAAGUACAUCGCGCCGGACUACCUCGUGAAGAAGGUGUCGGCCAAGGAGCUGGAGGAGCUCGUCAGGGGGGAGAGGAAGGUGCCGCUCAUCGUGGAUUUCUACGCCACCUGGUGCGGGCCGUGCGUGCUCAUGGCGCAGGACAUCGAGAUGCUCGCCGUCGAGUACGAGGACAGCGCCUUGUUUGUCAAGGUGGACACGGACGAGGAAUAUGAGUUCGCAAGGGAUAUGCAGGUAAGGGGACUGCCAACGCUGUAUUUCUUCAGUCCGGAUCAGGGCAAGGACGCCAUUAGGACCGAGGGGCUAAUUCCUAUCGAAAUGGUCAGAAACAUCAUCGAAAACGAGCUGUGAGUUCUGUCUAGGCAGCAUAGUGUCUGUAGUAGCUACAUUAUUUAGCUGAUUCUUGUAGUAGUUCUUAGUAUUUAUUUAGGUGCAGCCUGCGGUGGUUGAUUUGAGCUUUGUGUUGCUGCUCGGCCGCAGGUUCGCGUAUGCAAGAUCUGCAUGAGCAGAAUGUAGCAUCAUUGUUCGAACCUGAGACUAACAGAUUGGUUCUCUAUUGCACCAUUCUUGUGUGCUUUGUCAUUGAAAUCUUUGUUAGUUUGUUAA